AUGGCGCGAUCAUUGAACCAUCUCCAGAGGGGUUAUGUGCCGUUCAGCGGGGAUCCGGCCCAAUUCGAGGGUUGGGUCACGCUGACUCGGUCCCUCAUGUCCGAAGCUGGACUGAGUAGGGUCAUGUCGGGAGCGGAGAUUGCUCCUGCGCCUUUGCCAGCGGGAGCGACCGACACUCAAAUCGCGGGACACGAGAAAAUUGCCCUAAAGUUCAAGGAAAAGAACGGAAACGUGUACACGAGACUGCUUCUGGCCACGUCUGAUGGCCCGGAUGGAUACUCCAGCCCUGCUUCGCAAGUGGUACAGCAGCAUGGGCCAGUCGGUGACGAGGAGUAUGGUGAUGGACGAGGCGUGGCGGCCGUGGCGGCCGUGGCGGCCGUGGUGGACGCAGCCGCCGAGGUAAUGGCGGCCGAAUUGCAGACGGUUCGACCAGUGGAAGUGGGUCGAACGGCAACAACAACAACAACGGAACCUCCGGAGGAGACAACGCGGGAAAUGCGCAUGGCGGACGCGGGAAUGAUCGCAGGAGCCGAAACUCUCGAGGUCAUGGUCGGGCUCAGGAUACCGGCCGCAACCGUCAAGGACGUUGCAGAUACUGCCGUGCACAACACGCAAGACUCGACCACGCAGGCUUGGUACACGCGGGUGGAGGCGGCGGACGAUGAGCUUGAAGAUUUCGCCAUCGUCUUCGAUAACGACAAGCAGGAGCUGAACGCCCCUGCUGUGGCGUUGCCGAGGGAGCGCGCUGCUGCUGGUGACCAGGAGCAAGACGCGGCUGCACGGGCGCUGCCGGACGGAGUCACGACGCACGAUGUGCCCGAGUCGGCGCUGCCGAAUGUGCGCGCCACUGACGACCUGCAGGAAUUCGCGGAGCCUGCGGCAGCGGCGGACCUCGAUCUCACUACCCCUCCUGACUCUCCGGCCGAGAAAGUGACAGAGCUGGUAAGGGGCUCAAGACCGGACAUAACACACUCGGUGAUGGUGCUCGCGAAGAGUAUGGCGAAGCCAGGUCCCAGAGCGAUGACAAAGCUGAAGCGGGUACUCCGGUAUCUAAAAGGAACGACCUCUAUCGGAAUCACAUACACCGAAGACGCCGACGGCGGAGAUAAACUCACGGCGUACGUGGACUCUGAUUUUGCAGGUGACCAAGACAAAGGCUACUCCACAACCGGUGCCGUUCUCUAUCUCGCAGGUGCCCCAGUGGACUGGAUAUCCAAGAAGCAAACGGUGCUGGCCAUCUCAACGUUCGAGGCUGAAGCCGUUGCCCUGUCCAAGGCGUGCACUAUUGUCAUCCACUUUCGUAAUUUGCUGAAGUCGCUGAACAUGAAGCAGGAGCAGCCCACGGUAGUGUUUGAGGACAACGCAGGCACUAUAGCGUUUGCUAAGGGCGCCAAACUCACGCCCCGUACUAAACAUAUCGACCUCAAGUAUCACCACGUUUGGUACUUAGAGGAGAAGAAAAUCGUCGACGUCAAGUACACCGAGACUAACUUGCAGAAGGCUGACAUCCUGACUAAAAGCCAGGGAGCUGUGAAGUUCCUCCAGAACCGCCUUCUCUUGCUUGGAGUGUAA